AUGGACGACGGGCAGGACACACCCACCAAGCCCACCUCCGGCACUCGGGCCGAGGACGAAACCGUUCUCACGCCUGCGCGCUCGACUGAAACGGCACCUGGAUCUGGACCUGGACCUGGACCUGGACCAUCCACCCCGCUGCCCGCGCUGCCCGCAACCCCGACCAUCCCGACAACUGAAGAGCAGACGCCGGGAACUCUGCGCCGCCUUUUCCAGACUCCGCCACGGCGGCCUCGCCGGUCCAGAGCCGCUGCCGGGCUCGAGGCCCAGGAGCCGAGCCCUCUUCGUCCCCUUGAGACGCCACCUCGCCGACCGCCAAAGAGGGCUCGUUUUACGACUGGAUUUGGCAGCCCAUCAAGCCCGACUGGCUCUGGUGGCCCCUCUAGCCCAGUUGUUUCUGACGCCGACGCUAGUUCGGCUUCGAACAAUGCGUCUGUUCAGCGGGAAGGGGUUGCGCCCAAGACACGGCUAGAUGCAGAAGCGGAAGGAGAAGAUGGUACGGAUACAGAGCAGAGAGGCGAUGCAUUUGAGGUGACGGAAGCUGGGCCGAGUGGGGAUGCAGAGCGAAAGGGUAGCGGCGGUGGUGGUACACUUGGUGGUGUAAGGUAG